AUGAAUACCACAGAAACGGAACUUCAACCUGGCUUCAGGAGGAGCCGCAUGACUACCAUCAAAGGACCUCAAACCAGAAGUGUCGUCACAUUUAACCCAACAACGAUCAGUCCUGGGGAAGAGUUAUAUAUCAAUAUACCGAAACUCAAACCUUCCUGUUUAGUCCCAGGAUCACUUGCCCUCCUUUUUGACUUCAAAAACUCCAAUACUGAAAGCUGCUUCAAUAACAACCUGUCAAAGCUUCUAGCCAAACGGUUACAAAUAAAGGUAGCAGGUGAGACAGCCUAUGACUGUUCAGGGGAAAGUCUAUUCGAGGUGUACAAGGACCUAUGGCUCACACUAGGAGACAGGAAGAAGAUGAUUGAACAGGGUGUCGCAAACGAAAAUCUUCGCAAGUUAUUCUCAGGGGAUGAUUCAGGUAAAAAGACAGGUGAUGACAGUAAAGUUGCAGACGCUUUAGUCCAGUCAAUCUACGGCACUAAGCUGAAGAAACCAAUUGAUAAGAUCAUAGGUGACCAUGGACUUUACACUCCAUUUACCAUGAAUAACAAUCCGAUGUACAUCCUGACUCUCCCAGAAGCAGAUGAGAUUAUGACCGCACAAGGAGGACAGAAGGUUGAAGGAUACAAACUGGAAAACCUCGAGUUAGAGUACGAGACCAUCGAGAACGACUCCCUUGCAAGUGAGGUCUCAAGGAUGUAUUCCACGGGAAGAUCACUGUCCUACAAACACGUCACACUUAUGCGAACAAGUAACUGGGACAAGGACCUUACCAUUGUUAACGAAAACAUUAACAUCCCACGCAAGAGUAUGUCAGCAAUUGUCCUCCUAUUUACCAAUAAAGUGAGAACUGAUUCUGAGCAGUAUCUGUACCCCAACCUUGAGAAAGUCAGGUUAACUAUUGAAGGUGUGCCAAACUCCGUGUUCUCCCAAGGCUUACCUAAAAGCAGGUUCUUUGAAGAGGCAAAAAGGUUCUUCUGCCCCAUGUGUGAGAAAUCAAUGGCUGACGAGUGUAUGUCCAUUGACAAGUUCUACAAAAGACGGGUUCGCACUAGUGAUAGAUCUUAG